CAAGAAAUGUGAUACCUCGCCGUUGGAGCCUCUUUUCCUUUUAAAUUUUGGUUUCUUCAGGAAAUGAACUACACAGGAUGGUAACAGCCUGAUCAGCCGAGCAUGCAGGCUUUCUGCCUACAUGGGUCUUCAAUCAUCGAUUCAUACAUUGUCGCUGCCAGUUGCUGACUCAUCAUUGGUCGUCUGGACAGCAAAAUGCUCUGAAGUCACCGUGGUACAGUGUUGUUUGUACAUAUCUUCAAUUAGGCGACCAUCCAUCAUCCAUUAUUGUUGAAUAUCAUAAUGGCAAGUCAAACUCCUGAGCAGGCCGAGGUGAAAAAGACUGAGAGACGCCAUGGCUUAAAAGGAGGCGAUGGAGUGCACAGGCACUAUGCCUUUAGCAGUUCGAGGUCUAGUAAACGGCGUCGUAGAAAGACUGUGGAGAGAGGUGAUGCUGGAGCAGGCAGCUGCAAACGUGGACGACCUUCAACGCUUGUGAUGGAAGAUUUAGUGGUAGUAGCCAUUGAGAACGGGCUUGGUUUGAGACGUUUUAUAUCUUUCAGAGAUAUAAACUGUGCUAACGUUGCAAGUUUAGAUGGGACUAGUAUAGUUUGUCCAGUGAGUACUAUUUUUGGUACUAUUCAGUUGGAGUCUGCCACAGCUGGAGACAUUGUUAUGAUAAUAUCCGAAGCAGAAACUUUAGAACUUCAGUUUGCAAAAUGUGUGCGUGCUCAAAAGGAUGGAAUAUAUGUUACAUUUGACAACACUGGGUUAGAAUUCUUUGUGCCCAAAUUGGAAUUUUUUGAGGUACCAUCUGCACUGUCUUGCAAUGAAGAGAUUUUUGAUGAUGUCACUGUUUUGAGUGAGGAUUGUGUCGUACAGCAAGGGCUACAUGUUUUCAGAUGCUUGCUGAAAAAACUGUCGGAUGAUUUCAUCUAUCUUGCUGGACAUUACCGUGAAGCUUGCAGGUCAUACUCUGCUGCAGAGCAGGACCACGCUAAAGCGCUUCUUGCUUUGAAAGAAAAGCAUCUGGAAGAUAUAAGUACACUGAACACAGCUAAAGAAUUCUGGUGCACACUGUUUGCUAAUACUGUCGCCGACAACAACGUUCUUUGUUCUAUUGUGAAGAAACAAGCUGAUGAACUGGUACUAAAAGACGCGGAGCUUCUGAAUUGUAAAAAUGAAAUACUGAAGCUGCAGAAUGAACUAAGAGUAAAAGACGUGGUCUUAGAAGAAACUGUUAAGCGGUUAACUAUCCAGAUUGACGUUUUGAAAGGUACUGUUACACAAUUGAGAACAGGUGAUGAAAAAUCAAAGGCCACACUUGUAUCUUUUGAAUCACAGGUUACUGGGUUGCAAGAAGAUCUUGCCAAGACACAGAGCAAGUUGAAACUUUUGCAAAGUCGUUUAAAAGGUGAUGGGCAGUCCAUUCUUGAGGUCAAGGAAUCCUCUAGGGAUGUAAUUCAGGUGCGCAGUCUGUCCUCUGGGAAAAGGUGUUCACAAUUUGCUCGUGUGCCUAGGCCAGAAGUUCCUGCAUCCAAUGCCAAGCCCAGAUCACUCAGUGAUAGGUCUAAAUGCUUGAAGAAUGUACUGAAAAUGCUGUGUAAUAAUGACGAGCCUUCCCGUUCUGACAUGGUGACAUUGCUGACACAUUUUGUGAAAAACAACAAAGAUAUCGUUUUGGAGGCGUGCCAGAAUGCAAAGGUGUCAGUAGUUGAAAAGUUGUCUCCAGGAGAUUCAGUUGAUUUGAAAAUUCUUUUGAAAUUACCAAUGAGUAGAUUUCGAGACCUCCGUCUGUUUUUAGAGAGUCACGGUGUCAGUGUUCUUGCCAACGAGUUACUGAUGCGACAGGAAAUGAAGAAACGGUAUGACAGUGAUUCACUGAUUGAAGUUGGAUUGGUUGAGCUGUUUAAAACUGGUGGUUCGGAGAAACCGACUCCGAUUGCAUUUUGUCGGGUGAAGUCUGUUUUAAGUACUGUAAAGCACUAUAGGUUCAUAUUCUUGGAGAUUUAUAAUACUGAAUUUCAACGGUAUGGUGGUUUAUGUCAUUUUCAAGUUUGCCAUACCAAGGGCAUAAUAAUAGAGAUGCAUGUUAUAAUAUUUUUUGUCAGUGUAUUUUUGCCAGAGAUUGCAGUGUUGAUGGUUCAGUUUUUCUAAAUGCCUCGCACUUUUUUACAGUUUCUAUGAAAUUUUAGAGCUUGCAUGUGGCCGGCUCAGUAUUUUACAACAUAUCAAGGGCAUAAUAGAGAUGCAUGUUAUAUUAUUUUUGUCAGUGUAUUUUUGCCAGAGAUUGCAGUGUUGAUGGUUCAGUUUUUCUAAAUGCCUCACACUUUUUUACAGUUUCUAUGAAAUCUUUAGAGCUUGCAUGUGGCCGGCUCAGUACUUUACAACAUGACAUGACUUAUAAACA